CAUAUUAAGUUUGUAUAUCCAUAUAUAUCUAUUAUAUCUAUAUCAUAUCCAUAUUAAGUUUGUAUAUCCAUAUAUAUCUAUUAUAUCUAUAUCAAAUAUGUAAGAAAAAGGAAAGAGCUAUAAAACUUUCUAAUGUGGGAUUAUGAGAAUUAAGACAAAUUAAAUACGAAGAUCAUGUGUUGCUCCUAUAAUUUGAAUAUAGAGGAACUAAGAAACCAUACUUUUGUUUCUUCUCAUUAGUCAUGGCUUCCAAAAUGCUAUUAUCCGUACUCUUAUUUGCUUCAAUUUGCACUCUUGCUUUUGCAUUCGAUAAUAGUCCUCUUCAAGAUUUUUGUGUGGCAGAUACAACUGGUCAAGUAAGAGUGAAUGGCUUUCCAUGCAAGGACCCGAAGCAAGUUCAAGCAAAUGAUUUCUUCUUUACUGGGCUUCAUUUACCUACCAACACAUCGAACCCAUCUGGUUUAGGGUCUAACAUAAUCACAGCGACUCGAUUACCAGGUCUAAACACUCUUGGGAUCUCUUUGGCUCGUGUAGAUUUCGCACCAUCGGGUGUUAGCUCUCCACACAUACAUCCAAGGGCUACUGAAGUUGUGACCAUUUUGGAGGGUACCCUAGAAAUGGGAUUUGUGACUUCUCUUCCAGACAACCGUCUGAUCUCAAAGGUCCUUAAUAAGGGUGAUGUGUUCGUCGUCCCUCCUGGUCUUAUCCAUUAUGCAAGAAACCCUGGAAAGAGUAAUACUGCUUGUAUUGUUGCUUUUAGUAGCCAAAGCCCAGGGUUCCUUCUCAUCCCCCAGGCAGUGUUUGGGUCAAACCCUAAUAUUUCUAGUGAUAUUCUUGCCAAGUCUUUUCAAGUUGACGAGAACAUUAUUUCUCAGAUUAAAGCCAAGUUUUAGGAAAAUUAGCUAGAGUGGCUAUGAAUUGUCAAACAAUGUGAGGGUGCUUGCUUAAUAUUAUUAGCUUAUAAGUUUCUGAUUAAUGUUUUAUCUUUUCCUAAAUUAUAUCUAUUUUACAACGA